UUUGCCAUAAGAACAGUUCACAAAUGCAGUGAUUGUUACACAUGCAACAUUUCUUUAGCCAACGUUUUAAUCCAUAAUCUUCAAGAUAGGGAAAGUCAGAAAAGGGCAAUUGCCGAAAAGUUCUUUCAUCCAGGGCAGUUCUUCAAUUAGCAGGUGGCGCAUAACCUCAGUCCAGCUGCCGUCACCAACUCCAUCAAAGAUUAGUUAACUAAGAUGAAUCAUAAGACGAUUCAACCGUCUCUGACUCCAUUGUCACCGCUUUUCCAAAUGGGCCUAUAAGUGUGAUGCAAUAGUGAGUGAUGUGAUGUCAUAAUUGUCACCAUAUUGAAGAAAGAGCUCAAACAGAAAUGUUUAAGUAGGCUACUCAUUUUGAAGUGAGAACUGACAAGACAAGACAUAUUCUGUUUCUGUAACAUUUUUAUGAGUAUUGAAGUUUCCCACAGGGCUGAAGCAUGGAGCAGCUGACCUGUUGGUGGGGGAUCGCAACUCUAAUCAUGUGUGUUGAUAGGAACAUUGAUAGGUCAUGUAUAAAAGCAGUGAAACAUCAGCUCUACCAAACCACAAAGGACACCCUCUCAGCCAGCUGCAUUGUACUGCUGAACACAUCCUGAAAAACAUGGAGUGUGAGCUAAAAAAUAUUGUACUGAGAUCAGGAGAUCAACUGAAAAUACAGGGGAUAAUCGUCAGUGAUGCAAACAGGUUCCAGAUUGAUCUUGGUACUGAUAAGGAUAACCUAGCCAUGCACUUCAACCCACGCUUCAGAGAUGAGGUUGUGAUUGUCUGCAACUCCAAGCAUAAAAGUACCUGGGGAGAUGAGGAAAGGCAUGACAGAAACCCCCUCCACCCAGGCACAAUGGUGAAGGUUAGAGUUAAGUUGGCUGGCAACCUGUUUGAGGUGGAACUUCCUGAUGGAGAGGAGAUCCAAUUCCCUAAUAGAGAAGGCCUGGAUGUCAUCACUUAUGUUAGGGUUAAAGGGGAUUUUAAGCUCACCUCUUUCAAGAUCUAUUGAUUUUAUUUUAUCAUACCAAGAUGUCUCAGAUAUUGUGGCAAAAACGCAGCGCAACAAUAAAGUGGGGGUUUUUUUGCGCUA